AUGGCGGAGGACAGAAGCUCUAAGGGAGCUCAGAUCGAGUUUUUCGACGACGAAAUAAUAUCAGAGAUUCUGGCGAGGCUUCCAGUCAAAUCUGUGGUGCGAUUCCGGUGCGUAUCCAAGUGGUGGAGUGCUCUGAUCUCCGAUCCUUACUUCACAAAGAAGCACUUGAGCUACUCAAAAGAGGGCAUCACCGAGAACACCUCAAGGCUGCUUUAUUCAUUGUACCCUCCGCAAUCUCUGGACUACGAAGCACUGAAGGAUUUGAAGGAUCACAGUGAUGGUUCUUUUGCCAACAGAGUUCUUGAUUUUCCGGUACGGAAGCUCCCGCGCUAUCAUUUUCUUUGUAGUAUUGUGGGUUGUUGCGAUGGGUUGGUAUGUAUUAUAGUCGAAGAAGAAGAAGAUGGAGGAUACUUUAUGUUAUGGAAUCCAUGUACUAGGAACUCCAGGAAGUUACCGAGAACUAUUCCUAAACUAUGCAACCCUGAUCGUAUGAGUUUCAAAUUUUGUGGGUUUGGUUAUGAUUCUGCUACUGAUGAUUACAAGGUCAUAGUAGGGGAUAUAAAUCAUAUAGUGUUUGAAGAAACCACCGUUUACGUUUUUGCUCUAAAAACGAGUUCAUGGAAGAAGCUCCCCAUUAUUAACAAUCCUCUUGACAUAACAGGUCGGGGUUUCUUUUUGAAUGGAGCUUUACACUGGUUAACACGGAAUCCAGGGCACUGUCCCCGAACAGUACUUUUGUCUUUUGAUUUGGUGGAGGAGAAGUUUCAUGACAAGAUCCCAUUACCCGAUUGUGAAAUUCAACAAAUGAGUGUAGUUAAAAAUUGUCUUUGUGUGUUUAAUCACGCAUUUUCCUGGCGUAAUGUUACCACAAUUUGGUUGAUGAAGGAGUAUGGGGUCAAGCAAUCUUGGACUCCAGUGAUAAGGUGUUCCACAGAGAAUUUUCCUGGAGAUUUCAGGCAUGUCUCCGUGCAGCCUCUUUGCAUUCUCGAGGAUGGACAAGUUUUAGUGGUUACUAAUUACGGUGAACGUUUCUUGGUGUUAUAUGAUCCAAAGGAAAAUACAUUCAAGACUGUUACCAAGACUCAUACUCAAUUGAGUGCUGGAGCUUUCGUUUACACUGAGACUUUAGUUUCACCAGUAACCGGCAGUGCUGCUGUAGAGACUACAUCUGAUCCAAGUCAUUGUUUUCGUGAGUCUUUUCUUUGCUUUCUCGAUCUGUCUAGUAUGUUUGUCUAUGUAGUCCAAUUUUAUUUAGAAAGAGCUAGGUUAAAAGCAAUGACAGUAGCAGCCAAGUCGUUUUAA